AUGCCAGCAACUUGUUCUCCCUGCGGAAGUUCGGAUGAGGGUUGGGGCGCCCUCCACAAGGUGGAUGAGGUGGAGGUGCGUCAUGCCCAGCAGGUUCCGCAGGCGACCGUUUUGCAGCUGCAGGAAGAUCUUCUCGCUGAGGUGUCGCGCAUCCAUGCGCGGCUGCGGCAAGAAAUCCAGUCCGAUCUGGGACGUUUCCAUGCAAGGCUUGAGAAGGUGGAGGUACAGAUGGGACUCGAGAAGCCAUGGCAUAGCGCAGACUCUGAGUAUCAGGACACCGGAAAGCGGCAAGACAAGACCAGUGAGCCCGACUUCGGCGAGGUCAAUCUCCAGGUUGUUCCGGACGGCGGCGCCGCCGAUCCACAGCCCGCCGCAACUGAUGAGUUUCUGGGUGAGGUUUCCGAGAUCCACUUCGAAGAAAGCGUAUGGAGCAUUGUUAUGGUCCUUGGUCUUGUUGAUGUCGGCUGCUUUGAUCGGCUCUUUGCUGGUAUCCUGGUGCUCUUGAACUUGGUCAUGCAGGCGGCGUUUUCAUGGGUUCUCUUGACGGAUGCCUUCGUUGGCGAACACUUCGAUGGCAAUGUGGAAACUGCCAAAGCUUGGCGGACCAGUGUGGCGCAUGACUACAGGUACAUGGACCUCUCGCAAACAAGCUUGGUGUCCAGAGUUUGUGCUGGAGAUGGUUCAUUGAUUCUAUCCACAAGCCAGGCCACGUUGGUGGAUCACAUCAAUAGCUUCCUCGGAUUGAAUGAGAUGGAGUUCGAUCACCCAGCCUUUCAGCCGGGUGUUCUGUUGUGUAUGCUGUGCAUCAUUCUGUGGAGCUUGUGCGUCUACAAGGAGUUCCGCGCCAUCUGGCUCCAGCUGGAGGCGGUUCUUGGAGUCCCCAAAUCUCGCUCAACCGUUUUUCGUGCCAAUUCUUUCGAAAGCAUUUCUUGGGGGCGAUUUAUCAUGCUUCUGAUCACCUACGUCGUUCGGGUCGCGAUUGCUUCUGUCUUGCUCUUCGGCGGGAUCCUCUGGCUGGCCCGAACGACGUCAAUUGAAGAAUUGAUGUUGAAUGCUGUUGCCCUGAAUUCUAUUUUGGAUGUUGACGAGUUUCUCUUUGCUGGUAUGGCACCGAUCAAGAUUCAGCAUGCCAUACAGCACUUAACACCGAUCCGUAUUGGGUACGGUCGUUGUCGCAGCCAGCUGGAGUCCUUCGUGCAUUUCAGUGCGCUGCUAACCCUCAUCCUGUCCUCCUACUUUGUGCUGCUGGUGCCCUUGAGUGAUGCGAUGCUGGCCGUCAAGACUGAGCUUUGUGGAGGCAUCCAGCGGUUUGUGGUUUCCUACAAUGCAGAUACACAGAUGACAAUUGGCCUGGUGACAACGGAUUUCGGCGACGUAGGCAACUUGUCCUACAGUCAGACUGUGAUCCACGCACACAAAGAUUCAUUGCCAGGGGUCGCCUCCGAAUUAAUCGGCUUUGCUGCCAACCAUGACAGUUUUCAGCAAGAAAUUUCACGCACCAUGCAAGAAGAGGCCAUGCGGUAUCCGAGCUGUAUUGAAAUCGAAGUGCUGAAAGAGGGUGCACCAUACUAUACAGAUCCAGCACUGCGAUCUUUGUCUGCCUUGCUCAUCAACUCUGCUGCUGGUGCUGUUGGACGUGCCGGUGCACGAAGUUGUCAAGAACUACGAGACAAGUGCGACCAUCCAGACGCGCGUUUAUUGCGGUUGGUGUGUGGUGAGACAUGUGGUUGCAUAGAUCCAUUCAGUUCUCCAUGGUACAAAGUUCCAGCACAAGGUUGUGCUACAGCUUGCCUAGAUAUCGGGCAGGCAAAUUUGCAGAACCUGUCUUGCCAGGAUUCCCCUGUGGAUGACACGUGGCGUACAUUCUGGGCUCGCUAUCCGGAUGUCUUGUCCCACUACUUCGGACAGCCGGUGGAGACCACUCAGGCUUUUGCUCUGGUGAACCAAACCCUCCCAGCCUUGGCGACAGAUGGAUGCCCAGUUCUGGCGCAGUUUCCGGUGGAUUUCAUCUCAAACACUGUUUGGUGCGAGGGCGCACCGGAACUUGUCCGUCCAUUGGCUUCUUUAUGCCCGCAGACAUGCGGCUGCGACCAACCAUCGCCGAAGAUUUCCCAGCAUUGCCCUCUAAGCUGCAGCAUUGCUCGAAGCAACGCGUCUGCGUGA